UAUUUCGUUCCCGCCAGGUUCUUGCGAUUCACCAAGUUCUUCGGUUUGUGUUGUUAGCAAUACAUAUUUUGGGAACUUCUAGUAUGCCGGGUGUGCCGAAUGUGCCGGGUGUGCGUAGAUCUGAGAACUGGAGUCCUGUUGAUAUUAGGCAUCUGGUGGUAGUUUACAUAGAGCGCUGUCUGGAACUAUACAUAAAUAAGGAAAACAUUGUGCAAGCGCUAGAAGAUCAAGCAGAUAUAGCACCUGCAUUCACCGAACUAGUUUUGGAAGAGCUUGAGAAAGAAAACAAAGAGUUUUUUGAAAAUUAUUAUGCAGUCUUGGCGUCGCGGGAAGAACGGAGGCAAUUAAUGGGCUCAAGCGCAACUGCAAACUCAUCACACCCCACCUUAGAUUUGUUAAGUAACCAUGCAGUUUUAUCAAAUGGCCCACAAGCUUUGUUACAACCUCACUCUAAUGGGUGGUUAACCGGAAGUGCAUCACAUAACCAUGCAGUUUCAACACAACCUAACUCUAACGGGCACUUAACUACAACGACAUCAUCUACUAAUGGAUCACAUAACCCUGCAGUUUUAUCACAACCUGACUCUAAUGGGGGCAUAAUCGGAAGUGCAUCACAUCCCAAUUCUAAUGGGGGCUUAACUACAACGACAUCAUCUACUACCUCUCAUGGAUCACAUGACCUUCCAGCUUCAUCACAACCUGACUCCAACAUGCCACAUAUUCCAUAAAAUCAUUGCUAGCAGAGGCAAGAUCAUCACUAUUCUUCAAGAGCGUGUUUCUUUGAAAAACAUUAUGCAUCAAUUUUUCAUUCAUAAUGGUCACUUGGUAUUCUUGACCAUUCUCCAACUAUACAAAACCCUUUCU